CAAAAGAGCCUCUUCCUCCCUCCCUUUUCUCCCUCAAAUCUCUAUUCUCUUCUCUCCCGCUCUGUGGUUUCCAGGGUUUAUCACUCUCCCUCCGCCAUGGCCGCCGAGAAGCUCCGAGACUUGUCCCAACCCAUCGAUGUCCCGUUACUCGACGCCACUGUCGCUGCCUUCUACGGCACCGGAUCUAAAGAACAGAGAACUGCUGCUGACCAGAUUUUGCGCGAUUUGCAAAACAAUCCAGAUAUGUGGCUUCAAGUCAUGCAUAUUCUACAGAACACUCAGAAUCUCAAUACCAAGUUCUUUGCUCUGCAGGUGCUAGAAGGUGUAAUUAAAUAUAGAUGGAACGCAUUACCACUUGAGCAGCGAGAUGGAAUGAAAAAUUUCAUCUCUGAUAUUAUUGUGCAGCUUUCUGGCAAUGAGGCCUCAUUUCGAAUGGAGCGGUUGUAUGUCAAUAAGCUCAAUAUUAUAUUAGUUCAGAUUUUGAAGCAUGAGUGGCCCCUGAGAUGGCGAAGUUUUAUUCCCGACCUUGUUUCUGCAGCUAAAACUAGUGAAACAAUUUGUGAGAAUUGUAUGGCAAUAUUGAAGCUCUUGAGUGAAGAGGUUUUUGAUUUUUCAAGAGGAGAGAUGACUCAGCAGAAGAUUAAAGAGCUUAAACAAUCCUUGAAUAGUGAAUUUCAGCUCAUACAUGAGUUAUGCUUAUAUGUGUUGUCAGCAUCCCAACGGGCCGAACUUAUACGUGCAACUCUGUCUACAUUGCAUGCCUUCUUAUCAUGGAUCCCCUUGGGUUAUAUAUUUGAAUCACCGUUGCUUGAGACCCUGCUAAAGUUUUUCCCUCUUCCAGUAUAUCGAAACCUUACACUGAAAUGCUUAAUUGAGGUGGCAGCCCUUCAAUUUGGCGAUUACUAUGAUACACAGUAUACUAAGAUGUAUAACAUAUUCAUGGUUCAGUUGCAGACAAUACUCCUACCUACUACAAAUAUACCUGAGGCAUAUGCACAGGGUUCUAGUGAGGAACAAACAUUCAUACAGAACUUGGCACUGUUCUUUACCUCAUUUUACAAGGUUCACAUUCGAAUUUUGGAAUCCACUCAAGAGAAUAUCGCUGCUUUGCUAUCUGGUCUUGAAUAUCUUAUCAACAUCUCAUAUGUCGAUGAUACUGAGGUUUUUAAGGUUUGUCUGGACUACUGGAAUAUCUUGGUUUCGGAACUGUUUGAGCCACAUCGUAGCUUGGAGAACCCUGCAGCUGCAGCUACAAACAUGUUAGGAAAUCAGGCGCCACUGAUGCCUCCUGGUAUGGUUGAUGGCCUUGGUUCACAGCUUCUUCAACGCCGGCAGCUUUAUGCCGGUCCGAUGUCAAAGUUGAGAACGCUUAUGAUCUGCCGUAUGGCUAAACCAGAAGAGGUUCUCAUCAUUGAAGAUGAAAAUGGCAAUAUUGUCCGCGAAACCCUCAAAGACAAUGAUGUUCUUGUUCAAUAUAAGAUUAUGAGGGAGACUCUUAUUUACUUGUCGCAUCUUGACCAUGAUGAUACAGAAAGACAGAUGCUUAGAAAAUUAAGUAAACAACUUGGUGGUGAGGAUUGGACAUGGAACAAUUUGAACACACUAUGCUGGGCCAUAGGAUCUAUAUCUGGUUCCAUGAUGGAAGAUCAGGAAAACAGAUUUUUAGUGAUGGUCAUUCGUGAUUUAUUGAAUCUAUGUGAAUUCACAAAGGGAAAGGACAACAAAGCUGUUAUUGCAAGUAAUAUCAUGUAUGUCGUGGGGCAGUAUCCGCGGUUCUUGAGAGCUCAUUGGAAGUUUCUAAAAACUGUUGUGAAUAAGUUAUUUGAGUUUAUGCAUGAGUCACAUCCUGGAGUUCAGGAUAUGGCAUGUGACACUUUUUUGAAAAUAGUCCAGAAGUGUAAGCGUAAAUUUGUAAUCACCCAGCUUGGCGAAAAUGAGCCAUUUGUAUCUGAACUUCUUUCUGGUCUUUCAACUACGAUUGUAGAUCUUGAACCCCAUCAAAUACACACUUUCUACGAAUCUGUCGGCAGUAUGGUUCAAGCUGAGUCUGAUUCACAGAAGAGAGAUGAAUACCUCCAGCGGUUGAUGCAUCUCCCCAAUCAGAAAUGGCUGGAAAUUAUAGGGCAGGCACGUCAGAAUGUUGAUUUUCUUAAGGAUCAUGAUGUUAUCCGAACUGUGCUUAACAUAUUGCAGACAAAUACAAGCGUUGCAUCUUCUUUAGGAACAUAUUUCCUUCCUCAAAUCUCAUUGAUCUUUUUGGACAUGUUGAACGUUUACAGAAUGUAUAGUGAGCUUAUAUCAAAAAGUAUUGCUGAAGGGGGUCCAUAUGCAUCCAGGACAUCGUUUGUAAAACUUCUGCGAUCGGUUAAGAGAGAGACACUUAAACUAAUUGAGACAUUUUUGGACAAAGCUGAAGAUCAACCACAAAUUGGAAAACAAUUUGUGCCACCAAUGAUGGAUCCUGUUCUCGGAGAUUAUGCCAGGAACGUGCCUGAUGCAAGGGAAUCAGAGGUUUUGUCACUUUUUGCCACAAUUGUAAAUAAAUAUAAAGCUGCAAUGGUUGAAGAUGUCCCCCGCAUAUUUGAAGCUGUUUUCCAGUGUACACUAGAGAUGAUUACCAAAAAUUUCGAAGAUUACCCAGAGCAUCGGCUAAAGUUCUUCUCUUUACUUUGUGCUAUAGCUACUCAUUGUUUCCAUGCAUUAAUCUGCUUGUCGAGUCAGCAACUGAAGUUUGUCAUGGAUUCAAUCAUAUGGGCAUUUCGGCAUACAGAAAGAAACAUAGCUGAAACUGGGCUGAACCUGUUGUUGGAGAUGCUAAAGAAGUUUCAGGCCACGGAGUUCUGUAAUCAGUUUUAUCGUACAUAUUUUUUGACAAUAGAGCAAGAGAUAUUUGCUGUCUUGACGGACACUUUUCAUAAGCCUGGGUUCAAAUUACAUGUCUUGGUGCUUCAACAUUUGUUUUGUCUGGCAGAAACUGGUGCCCUGACUGAGCCUCUUUGGGAUGCUGCUACAAAUCCUUAUCCGUACCCAAGUAAUGCAGCUUUUGUACUUGAGUACACAAUAAAACUUUUAAGCACUUCAUUUCCCAACAUGACUGCUGCAGAGGUUACCCAAUUUGUUAAUGGACUCUUUGAGUCCACAAAUGACCUCUCCACAUUUAAAAAUCACAUACGAGAUUUUCUUGUACAGUCAAAAGAAUUUUCAGCUCAGGAUAACAAAGAUCUUUAUGCUGAAGAGGCGGCAGCACAGAGAGAGCGAGAACGACAAAGAAUGCUUUCUGUUCCAGGUCUUAUAGCCCCAAGCGAGUUGCAAGAUGAAAUGUUGGACUCAUAGAUAGAUAGAUAGAUAUAGGCUAAACAGCAUGCGAGUUAGGCAUUUUGAAUCGUGUCACAGGCGCCUUAAUUCAAUCAAAUACCAGAUGCUUUAUGAAUAGAUGCUGCACUUUCCUAUUUAAAGUUUAGUUUUUUCGAUUCCCCCAAUAUUUCAUGUUUGAAUUGGUUUGGCAUAGGUUCCUGAUUUCAGAGGUUUUGCCGGAUUUUGAUUCUGCCUUGUCAACCUAGUGACUGUAGAUUGUUCAGCUGCUGAUUUAGGAUGAUACCAGUCAUUUGUUGUUGUGUUUCAUCAGGGCAGCGUUUCAUAGAAUCACAGGAAGGAUGACUUAAUUCCCAGUAUUGAUGACCUCCUAACCUCUGGCAGUUUGUGCAGAAAACCCUUGUGCUUUGAUCCUUUUUGUAUAUUUUCACCAAUUGAUUUUAGGGAAGAAGUUGAUGUAUACUACCAUGAUUGCAUUGAAUAUAUGGAUUUUCCAAGCUCGAAGUUCUUAAUGAGAUAAACUAUUUAAAA